UCGGACAGGGAGAGGAAAUCAGCUUUAGAAGUAAAAACAGAGGGAGCAAGAGUGAGAUGGAGACCACAGGGCUGCACAUCUGGAGUUAUUACAAGGCUCCCUCCCGCUUGCCAAGAAAACGCCGACAUUCCUGCCCUCACUACAAAGACCGCGGAGUCUCCGCUCUCAUUCAGCCCCACGACUCAACACACAUCCAUCAAUCAAACGUCAAAAAUAAAACCAAACACGUAUAUGCUUCAAUGUACAAUAAGCACGGGACUAAAAAGAAACACAUAUCUAGGUCUAAGAGAGGAGUCAUCCUGCCCACUCUAUAAAGUUCCCUCCCUUCUGCCGCAAAUCCUGCACUCCCUUCCAAAACUUUACAACGCGCACGCCAAAUGAAAGCAUCUCACUUCCUGUUCACCUUUGACCUGCCACUUUCUCCCCAUAAACCAGACAAGAAAGAAAAGAAUAUAAAAAAAGAAAAGAAAGAGAGAGGUGAGGAGGUGGUGAGGGGGUUACAGACGGGAGGGGAGACAGAAAGAACGAAGGAGGAAAAGGGAAAAAUGGGGGGCCGGGAAGCUCCACCUCUUUUCUCCUCCAUAUCUCCGCUCUCCCUCACUCCUUUUCUCCUUCUGCCUCUGGAAGCAGGAACUCGGCGGCCAGUCCCUCUGCCACGUCGAACCUCCAGCCGGUCCACCUUCCCAUCUGAAGGAGAAACCUUCGCUUUUCCUUUUUCCUCCCCUUUUCUCAUGUUGGACAGAUGCGUUUUAGGCAGCACUCUGGCAUUGAUCGUGAGGACAGGGAGGCUGACUGACAAAGGGUCGCUCAACCGGAGGAGAUGGGAAAACAAACAAGAAGAAGACCCAAAGAAGAGAAAGAAGAUCAAGAUGUUGCAGCUUGUCUUUCUCCUGAGAGCCCGACGUGGACUGCUCGUCCUCACAGCGGGAGACGGGAGAGAAUGUCUCUACAUUUGCCCGUCAGUGGCCAUCACCUCUAUUUAACCCCUUCUUCCUCCUCUUCCUCCACUCAUUCACCCCUUUGCAGGCAGAGAAAUGGGGACAAAACUCCAUCUGGAUUUGCAGUAAGUAUCCGUCUGAGGCUUCUCCAGAGCGUCGCUGAGCUGCCUGGCCCGCCUGCCCAGUGUUCAGACUACCUGUUCAGGAAGUAGUGGUUGUACAGUAGUCUGCACAUUGGUUAGGCUGGCCUGGGAAACACACACGGAUAAUCCAGGUGUCGGAAAAGAGAGCAUUUGGGUUUGAGGAGGAUCCAAGUUACGGAACCAUGGAGCAUCCGAUUUAAAUCAACCGACCAAGCCUCGGCGCCAUCAGAAAGGCCUAAAGGAUUAAUUAAUAAGUAGAAAAUUUAUGAAUGCUAUUUCUAUGGACUGGUUUUAGUUGAAGCAAUUCGAAUAAAGAUUCUUCUCAAUGA